UUCGAAAUUCCCGGGGACUUUUUCGAGGCAGUGCCCACUGCGCAUGCUCACAAAUACAUGUAAAUACAUGUACACAAAACGCCAUGUCUGCAACCGGAGAUAAGCGUCAGAGCGAGUCAAGAACCAGCCCGUUGGAGGAUUCCCCGACCACACCCUCAAGUGGGCUGGGUUUUGCUUUUAGACCUUCUCCUCUAUCACUGGCGGCAUCUAAUUUAACUACGUAUAAUCGCUCAAACACGGUCGGAAAAACCAAGACUGGAGAGUCACUUUUGUCUCUUGGGUUCUCAAAGCCACAGUUGGGUUCUCCACAUAGUCCUAAGCCUCUUGGUAUUAAUGGGAUUAGUCCUCCCACUGGGGCGGGGUUCAAACGCAAGCUGGACUCAUCUUCUAGCUCUGAAUCAAUGGUCACGCCCACUAAAAAGAGCAACCUAUUCAUGCAGUGUAUAGACGAAAA